UGGAGAUUCUAUAAUUUGAUGGUAUUACGAUAGAUAGGGCAUGUUGCAAUACAACUACAAUUCAAUACACUUGGGUUUUAGACAGAAAUAUAUAUUCGGUUGAUUUCCCUGUUUAAUUCUUUUUGACACUCGCAAAUUCUUCAGCUAUAGCACAAAGAAAUCAGAUGUCCUAUUGAUAUCCAGUAUAAUCUUGUAAACUUCAAUAAGAUCAUCUCUUUCCCUUCUUUUUUUCAAGAGAAAGUAACUUAGAUAACCCUUCCGUCUCUUGAAUCAUCCACUGAACCCUCUCAGGUAAGUCAAUAUCCUUUCUUACACAGAGAAACCAAAACUGCAUAUCUUAUUAAUAAGUGUAAGUUUCUGUUGUCAGAAUUUAUUUUUAGAAAAGCAUUUGGAAAAGUAGCUUUUAAUAAACAAUAUUAAGUGUGAGCUGAAAACCAACUUAUUGCAGUUUUGAUAAGGGGUAUGAUUAUUUGUUAUUAGAAUAUUCAGGUAUACUACCUCAAGAGUCUUGCGACCAUGUAGUCUUGGUAUCCGUGAUAUAUGUACUGUAAUGAUAGGAUAUCCACUUGUUGGAAAUGAUACAAAGAUGGGUUACAAGAACUAUGUCUUUAAAACAUUUUACCAGUAUGAGAAGAUUAAGAUUUUGUGAGAAAACAGUUUAGGUUUGAAUGAUCUUUGUGGUUUAUAAGGUCAGUUGUUACACACACACACACACACACACACAUAUAUUUAUAUAUAUAUACAUACAUAUCAAUUGUAAAACAAAAAUGCAUGUAUAAUUUUUACACCUUGGUGUGGUACUGAUCCAUCUUUUUAGAAAUUAUUCUCGUUGUAACAAAAAGCGUUUUUGAUGAACACAAGUGACUUUUCUUUACUAGUAAGAUUUUUUGUUUGUUUUUUAUACUAUUUCUGUAAGACACUGUCAUUUCUUUUCUUCGUAAUUUUUUAUACUUGCAUAAUUGUCUUGAGGAGUAGUAGUUAUUUUCCUCAAAAAAAAAAAGAGCAGUACUGUAUAGUAUAAUAUAUUCCUUGUCUGAUGGAGAAUUCAUGACAGAGCUUGAAAGGUUGUGGUAAAUAUAUAUUCUCUACUUAGCCUGAAAUUAUAAUUUUAUUGAAAUAUUCCACACAUAAAAUUACAUUUAAGUUAGUAUUGUACCUUUCACAUAGCAAGUUUAAAUGUUUUCACUUGGGAUAAGUACUAUCAUCUGGGUAUACUGCACAUUGUAAAAUGAGAUUGCAAGUUAACAAAACUGGCCUUUCUUCUAGUUUAGGUGUUGAAAGACUUUGCCUAUUGUUAUAUCAAAAUUAUUUCAAUAACAAAAAAGGUGGGAAAAGUCUAAGGUAUGUUAGACUUUGAAAAAAUUAGCCAUAUGGAGCUGAUACAAGGAGUAAGGGUGACUUUAUAUAGAUAAUUAUAAGGUCAGUGCAAGAUUUUUCUACUUUAUAAACCUUCAGACAAAGCAAAUACAGUAAUUUAGUUUAUUUAAACUUGUGUAUAAAACUAUAUGCUUUAAGUAUGUGUACGAUAUUUCUUUUCUUUUUUCUAGGAGUGUUUUCACAUCCUUUAUUACCAGCAUGGAUUCUGCUCUAGGUUUCUUAGCUAGGUUUUCAACACACAAUGGUGAACAUCUCCAAGAAAAUAUUCAAAGUCUGGGUGGAUCAGAAAAUCCUGAAACUUUGUCAUGUCAUGGACUAAAUAGCCAACAACAUCCUAAAGCUUUGACAAACAACAGGAAGUCAAGCACUGCUUACAAUUCUCGAGAUAUGACAAUUAAUAAAUCUUCCAGCAAGAGACAGUCAAUAGGUGAAGAUUUACAGAUUGGAAUGGAAAGUAAUUCAGUGAAAAUAUAUUUCUGCAACUGCUGUGGAAAAUCUUAUUCAGAAAAAGACAGUGGUUUACACAGUUCUUGUCUUCCAAUGGAGAUCUACAGUUGCAGUAUUUGUGGGGAGAAAUUCAAUCUGAAGAAGACUUUGCUGGACCACUGUUUCUCUUUGCAUGGUAUCAUACAAUCUUUCAUCUGUAAUUUUUGUGGAAAAUGUUUCUCUUCAAAAGAAAGUUUUCAAAACCACCAAACAAUUCAUUCAGGUGAUAAGCCAUAUCCCUGUGAAGUCUGUUUCCAAAAAUUUUCAGAAAAGAGGUUUUUACUUUAUCACUUACGCAGCCAUUACAGUGAAAAACCAUACCGCUGCCAAUAUUGUGGUAAGAGCUACACAUUAAAAGGAAACCUACAAAUACACUUGCAAGAUCAUGAGGGUGUUAAACCUUUUUCUUGUAAGGUGUGUAAUAAGAAUUUCACACAGAAAGUGGUGCUGGACCAUCAUAUGAGUGUUCACACUGGCAAGCGACCUUACCCUUGCCAGGUCUGUGACAAAACUUUCAGUCAGAAAGGCAACCUCAAGACCCACAUGCUUAUUCACACAGGAGAGAGACGAUUUUCUUGUCCUCAGUGUGGCAGGUUCUUUACCCAGAAAGGUAACAUGAAAACUCAUCUUAAACUACACUUACAACACCCAUCGAUCCAAAAACCCUACUAUUGCAUCAUUUGCAGGAAGUCUUAUGUUUCAGAAGCUAGUUUGCAGUGUCACAUGGUUUGUCACCAGAAACUGAUUCCUUUUGUUCCUCAGAAUGUUGCAACAGCAAGUACAUCAGAACACAAUUAACUCAGUUAAUGUAAAUUUCGUGAUUUUUUUCUGUAGAAGAAACUAAUUAAAAUUUGUGUGUGUGUGUGAACAUGUUAAGUCUACAGAGACAUUUGCAGAGUAAUACAAAUGUAAAGAUGUUGAGUUUUAAAAUAGUAAUAAUACUUAUUGAUCUUGCAUAUUAUCAGCAAAUGAAGUGUGAGGCCUGGUUCUUAAAGGCUUUUAUUAUCACUUAGUGAAAGAAGUACAAUUAUAUAAGUGCAUCAACUACAUGCUAGAACAGAAAAAGUUUUAUGCACACGUGCACUUUUGAUUGGUAUGCACAUAUCUGAACUUUCUUUUCAGAACUCAUACUUGAACAGAUUAAGAAGUAUCUUCACUUUCCAACAAAAUAUAAUACAGAUAAUUAAAAAAAAUUGUUCAUGUGAGAAUUAUUCUUGGAAAUUAUAGUUUUAGGGAAAAAAUGCUUAAAUUAAAAUUUCAGGGGGAGUAAGUUUUAUACCCUAUUUGUAUGGUGACCAACCAUCACUGUUCCAUGUCCUCUGCCUAACAUUAAAUUAGCAAAAACUUUUUUUUUCUGAUGCAGCUCAGCUUGAAUAAUUACUGUGUGAAUUUGUGAAAUAUUACCAUCCACUGUAUACAGUGUAAUUAAGUAUUGUAUAAAGGUUUUCUUCAAGUCAAGUAGGAAUAAUUUGAAAAAGAAAAACAACAAACUACCAAAUAAAUGGAUAGGUAAACAUGAUCAGUGUACUGAAAACAGUGCUAAAAUACACCUUUUAACAUCCAGUUAUCAGAAAACAUCACAAUCAGUGUUCCAAAGCUCAGAUUUUCCUCAACCCCUGUUUUGUUCAUGAGUUGCAUGAAAGUAUACUGCUCAAAGUAAUUAAGGGAUGAUCAAAGAUUUCAAUAUUUUAGCUAUAAGAAGACACAACUAUUGCUAAUGUUGGGCACAUGAGUUCAUUUUCAUGGAAAACAAAUGUCAGGUGGCUGGUGAUCUGAUUCAC